AGCAGUUUACGUCAAAACAAAUUGAUUUGAGAAUAGGAGUGGAAGUUGUUAACAAUUAACAAUUUAGCAGCCGAGUAGGGAAUUUCAGUCACCAAACAAUAUGAGCAGUGAAAAGGGAGGUCCACCCCCAAGCUACCCGCCCCAGGGUCAGUAUCAGCCUCCUCCAAGCUACCCACCCCAGGGCCAGUAUCAGCCUCCUCCACCUGGCUAUAAUUCCGUGCCAACUGCCCCAAUGUACCAAACUGAACAUCCACAUUUCCAACCUCAGAUGGCACCGGGACAGACACAGAUACAUGUGGUACCUCCGCCUCAGACAUUUUCGGAACCUCCUCCACCCGACUUCAUGAACAGGGCAAUCUUCACUACCAUCUGCUGCUUCUGGCCUGUGGGAAUAUUCGCCAUCAUGAAAGCCAGUGAGGCGAAAAAUGCCUAUGCCCGUGGUGACUUUCAAGGUGCAAGAUCAAGUUCCAACUCAGCUCGUCAGCUUUCUAACAUAGCCAUCUUUGCUGGUGUUGCAAGCAUUGUCGUGUCCAUGAUCAUCGUAGGUGUUUAUGUGGGCCUGGUCAUGACCAACAUGAGGAGUUACUAACAGCUGAGCGGGUACCUAUGGACAGACAUACCAACACGAGGAGUUACUAACAUCUGAGCUGGUUCCUAUGGACAGACAUACCAACACGAGGAGUUACUAACACCUGAGCUGGUACCUAUGGACAGACAUACCAACACGAGGAGUUACUAACACCUGAGCUGGUACCUAUGGACAGACAUACCAACAUGAAGUGCUUUUGACAUGUGCCUAGGCUGGUACCGAGGGAUAGAUGUAGCUUUAUGUCUAUAAUUAGGAAAACUCUCGCAUAUAUGUGAGAGACUAGCUUUACGGCAAAACUUCAUUAUUUAGACCUUAAAUCUGUUGGUUUCUUAGUAAAUAACAAAAUGUAAUUCCUUAUAUUAUUUAAAUGGAACUGAAAUUUGAUGUUUCAUUGAUGUGUCGGCUGGAAAAAAUAAUUCAAAAAAGCAUAAUUAACAUUAAAAACAUUAACCCGUGAUAUACUAUACAAAGAAUAUCGUAAUCGUUUAUGUACUAUAUUGGACCAGCAGGAAACACUUAAGGUGUCUGGUUAGGAUUUUAAUGUUGUACACUAUAAUGAUAUUUACUCUAAAGGUUAAUAGGGAUAUACUACUUUUACUGUAAUUUACAUCAUCAUGUUGUUCAUUACUUUCAUCCAAGUUUUUUUAUAGUGACAAAAAUUACGACAAUUUGAAAUGAACUGCUUUCGGUACAAGUUUUUAUACUGAUGAAGAUAUUCCAGAUUGAUGAUGAUUAUAUAAUGGCAAGAACAUUAACAAGAAGUUGAAGUGGAUUUUAAAGCACAAUUUUGGCAAACAGAAAAUAUUGCAUUAAAUGCCUUUAUCAAAAUUUGAAACUAAGAAUUUGUAUUAGAUGUCACCUUUUCCAUUGUAUAAAAACCGGUAGAACAAAGAACAUGCAUUUAUGAUUAUUUUAUAAAAACAGGACCAUUUUAACCAUAUUUUGAUGGAAUUUGUACAGGAGAUGCUACCUAGUGUACAGUAUAUUGUCCUUGUUAAUUAUUUACGCAUGCUAUCUAAAGUAUAGAAUCAGUUUGUAAGUAUUUUUUGUAGUUGGGUACAUAUAUUACACUAUGCUAAACCAUUGGAUUCUACCCUCUCCUCCAGUUAAAUUCAAUUAAAUGAUUUAAUCUGAGAAUAAAAUUUCUAUUGAUUUUAAAAGAAAAAGUUAUGAUAUAUUUAAACAGUUUCAAAGAAGGUCGUUAUAAUGGAAAAUUUGAUGUUCUAAUGAAUGUGUAAGCCAGAAUGUAAAACAGGAGAAUGGAAUACUCUAUUUAAAAUGGCGACAAACUCUUUUGAGUGUGAAGGUCUGUGACUAACCGGUUAUUGACUUUGAUAGUAUUGAUGACUCUUUUGAGUUUGCAAUUGUUGACAAAUUCUUUUAGAAUAUUAAAUUGCAUGAUAAUCUAUGAUGUAUGUUUUAAUAUAAUUUUUGACAAAAUUAAUUAAUUCUAAUUAGCUAGAGUUUUAAUACCUUGAUCAGUUUUACAAAUUGUCAUUGUUGUGCAAAAAAAAUAUAUGUUGGUUUAUGGUAUCCUGACCAUUUGUUAUAUUUUACCUCUGACCCUAAACUUUUUAUCAGUGCUUUCUGAAGUUUGAAACCCAGUCAUACUGAGAAAGUAUGUAUAUAAUAUUAUCUUACAGGAAUGAUAAAAAAAAUCUCUAAUUAUAUCCCUGUAUGUAGACAAAAGAAUUGUGCUUUUGGCGGCAUCACACACUGUUCCUGAAUCCUCUGAAGUACCAGUAUAAUUUUAGUAUUAACAGCUUUAAAUGAAUUUAUCUUUUCUACAUAAGUCAAUCAACGUUACUGUCAGUGAUGUUGCUUACAGUAAAAUUGACCACAGUAGACUGUUCACGAUACUGCUUUGAGCACACAGCAGUUUCAAUUUUAGGUUUGUCCAUAAGGUUAGAAAUCUUGAUUUUAACUUGGUAGUAUUCACAUUAAAAUGAGACAAAUUGUAAAGUUUCUUUUUUGGCAAUUUUAUUGUGCCACAUACCUGAAUUUAUUUCAGUCUUAAUAAAAUACAAUUUUGCUAAUAAAGAAAGAAAAAUAGUAAGUAAGAAAACCGUUAUUUAAUUAAAACUUUAAUUAAUGAUCUGACAUCAGGUUUAACAGGAUGGUUGUUUAGACCUAUAAAUGUACAGGUACUUCAGAUUUCAUACUAGGUCUUUAUUGUCAAAGGGUCAAAAUCAGACUGAAAUGUAUGGAGGGAGAAAGAUACAAUUUAGAAUACCUCUGCUGAUUUUCAGUGUUAUGUGACACUGUAAGUGAAUAUAUAUGUUUUUAUCAUUGGCUGUGAUUAAGAUGUAAACUAAUAUAGGGAGGGAUACUCAACGUUUACAUUUUUAAGAUAUCUGACAUUUAACCGAUAACAAUUCCUGAUUAGUUUGAGCAUAAAUGUUUUCUUGACCAAGGCUUCACUCUGUACAUGAUUCUUCAGAUUUUAAUAAAAUAAUAUUUAAAACCCUGUCCAAGGUCACUGGACGUUACUCACCACUCUUGAAGGGUUGUGUAUGAUGUUAUGAAGUACAUAUAUAUCAUUCAUGUUUGCUCACCUAAUGUCAAAGUCACAAGGUGAAGGAGAAAACAAGUGUUAUUAAUAUUCAUUUUUCAUUCAAAAUCAAUUUUUUAGAGUGAGAUUUGAACCUUUCCUACUAUGUUAUGUUAACACUGAUUGGACUGUGGUUGUUGAUGGUUACAGUCUUAUGAAAUUUAGUUAAUAUGCCUGGUGGACUUCUUUUUCUCUCUGUCUGUACUUUUGGUAUCCUCUUUGAGUUAUGUCAUAUCAUAUAUAUACAGUGUAUCUUUUAGUCACACUAACAUGUACUAGGUUUCUUACACAUCUAUUUUAAUGCACUCUCUUUUCUCCAUUCCUCUCAGAUAUAUUUUUAAAGAAAAUAUUAUUUUAUUAUUUUUUACAGUUACUUGCUUCAUUUUUAGAUAUUUUUAAUAGUUCAACUUCAUUAUCAAACAACAUAAGAGAUAGUUUUCUUACAUGAAAGAUAACCACAAUCUCUUGCCUUAUGGAAUAUUUUAAUAAAUGUUUAAUAAAAUUAUGAAGUGACUUCAUUUUAUGCAAUUAUACAUAUUUAUAUAUUUGAUAUAUAAAUUGACAGGAAUAUGUCUUUUUAACUUGUCUUGGUCUUUAGAUUGUUUUUAUGUUCAUCCUACUUGUUUAAUAUGGAUAUGUUGGGCAAAAAUAUUUACCUUUCAGAAUCUGACCAAAGGGUUGAUUACCAUAGCUGGUCUGAUUCACGCUGUUUGACGUUGUUACUAUUAUAAAAGGUUGUUGUACAAUUCAUAAUUAAGUGAACAUACUUGUGUAUUUCAAUUAAACAUGUUAGUGGAA